UUGCGGUAUCCAAUUGGUUGGUUGUGGUCACGCUGCUUUUAGAUAUUCAUGAGCAGCCAUGUUAGUCAAACCCUCUUUCAUUCGGUUGAGACAAACAUUUUUUGCUAAUAAUGGCAACCGCAACUUCAACCCCGGCCGGUCAAAGAAUAAGCACCCGCGCUACCGCCAGUAGCACUCCAUUAAGCCCCACGAGGAUUUCGAGGUUGCAAGAAAAGGAAGAUCUCUGCAAUUUGAACGACCGUCUAGCCAUUUACAUCGACAAAGUCAGAAGCCUAGAAUCAGAAAACAGCGUUCUUCACCUUCAAAUAUCCGAGAAGGAAGAAGUAAGGAGCCGGGAGAUUACUGGUUUGAAAUCACUGUAUGAAACUGAGCUCGCGGACGCCAGGAGAUCUCUCGAUGACACCGCCAAGGAACGCGCGAGGCUACAGAUUGAAUUGGGAAAGAUCAAAUCCGACCAUGAGCAAUUGCUGCAAAACUAUGCCAGGAAGGAGUCGGAGGCUGCCGGCACCCACGCCCGCCUCCGGGACAUGGAGACCCAGCUGAACUCCAAGGAGGCCUUGUUGGCCACCACGCUGACGGAGAAGAGGGCCCUGGAGGCCAGCCUGGCCGACCUGCAGGGAGCCAUCCAGGAGCUGGAGGCUGGCCUGAACUCUGCCAAGAAGCAGCUGGGGGAGGAGACCCUCCUCCGCGUUGACCUGGAGAACCGCUGCCAGAGUCUGUCUGAGGAGCUGGAGUUCCGCAAGAACAUGUUUGAGGCGGAGAUCAAGGAAACCAGGCGGAGGCACGAGACACGGCUGGUGGAGGUGGAUUCGGGCCGGGCCGUGGAGUACGAGUUCAAACUGGCCCAGGCGCUGUCCGAGAUGCGAGCGCAGCACGACGAGCAGGUGCAACUGUACAAGGACGAGAUGGAGAACACCUACAAGGCCAAGUUCGAGAACGUGCGCAUGUCGUCGGAGAUGAACAGCUCGUCCGCCAGCAUGGCCCGCGAAGAACUUCGGGAGUCCUCGCUGCGCAUGGAGAGCCUAGCAGCCCAGCUGGCCAGCAUGCAGAAAGAGACCCGGGGAUGGCAGGACCGCAUCCAGGAGCUGGAGUCCGCCCUGGCCCAGGAGAGGGACAACAGCCGCAGGCUGCUGGGGGAGAAGGAGCGGGAGAUCGCCGAGAUCCGGGCCAAGAUGCAGCUGCAGUUGGACGAGUACGAGCAGCUGCUGGACGUCAAGCUGGCCCUGGACAUGGAGAUCAACGCCUACCGCAAGCUGCUGGAGGGCGAGGAGCAGAGACUGAAGCUGUCCCCCAGCCCGUCGUCCCGCGUCACCGUGUCCCGCGCCCAGUCCAGCUCCCGCAGCGUUCAGACCGCCCGGGGCAAGAGGAAGCGCGUGGACGUGGAGGAGCAGGAGGCCAGCAGCUCCGUGUCCAUCGCCCACUCCGCCUCGGCCACCGGCUCCGUGUGCAUCGACGAGCUGGACACCGACGGGAAGUUCGUCCGCCUGUUCAACGCGUCCCAGGAGGACCAGGCCAUGGUUGGCUAUGAGCUCACCAGGACCAUUGGAGACGUCUCUGCUACCUAUAAGUUCACCCCCAAAUACGUCUUGAAGGCAGGGCAGAAAGUCACGGUGUGGGCAUCCAAUGCAGGUGUGGCCUCCAGCCCCCCGACCGACCUGGUGUGGAAGGGUCAGGCUUCCUGGGGUACCGGGGAGGAUGUCCAGGUCCUGCUGUUCAACCCUCAGGGAGAGGAGGUUGCCAGAAGAAGCACCUCGUACAAGACAGACAUGGGGGAGGAGGAUGACGAUGAGGGAGUGGAGGUUAUUGAGGAAGAUCUCUUCCACCAGCAGGGAGACCCACGUGUUGCCAAGAGGGGUUGCUCCAUCAUGUGAUCACACUUAGCCCCCCUGCCACACACACCUUGACCCCUCUUAACCUCAACAAGUCUCAGCUGCCAACCGAACCACAACAGAACUAUUUUUGUAUCUUUUUAGUUUAUUGUAAGAACUCUGUGAAUUUCUUCUUUUUUAUGCUCGUUUUAGCUUGGAACACUUCUCUCAAGAUUCUCUCUUGACUUACUGUCACACUCUUAAAACGGACCAUCACUACAUGCGAUUUUAUUUUUCCUGAACAAAUUUUUUUUUUUUUUUGUCUGGGUUGUGUUUUUGUAAAGUUACUUUGAACAGCUCUGUGCAGGAGGCAGCUUGCAGAAUUAAUCUGUACCUUGAGGUGCUGUGACUAUUCUUCUUACAUCAGAUUUUCAAUAAGCAUAACAUUUUAUAAGCAUCUUUUAUAGAAAGUAAUUUUAAUUUUUUGUAGUGUUUCCUCUGUGACGUGUGUUAGUUAGACAGCCAGGUUGUCGAAUCAAUCAGAAUGUAGUUGUGUAUGUGAAAUUCGAAAGAAUAAAGCUUUGCAAUUUGUAAGAAGCACACUUUUUUGGAUGACCCCUUUUGGUCUUAUAUUGUAGUUUAUUGGCAAAGGUUGUCUGAAAGUAGUACACUAUGACCCAAAGCUUAUUUAAAAGUUAUACACUAGGACCCAAAGGUUGUCUGAAAGUGCAGAAAUGAGCAGAAUGUGCUGCCUUGCCACUAGUAUUUUGUCCAGACUAUUUCAUCCAAGUCCCUUUACAAGAUAAACUAUUUUCUGGAGUCGAGUUCAGCAUUUUCAUACUACUUUAUCCCCUCAGCUUUGAUGCCGAAAUGUGUAACUUGAACCUGCUUUACAGGUUUUAAUGUCAUACAUUCAUCCCAGAGUCCCUCUUUAGAUAAACCACUACUUCAUGGAAAAUCUCCUGGUACAGGUGUAAUGUUUAACAGUUCGGCAUUCAGUUGUUUAGGAUUAUCUGAUAAACACUCAGCCAGCAAGUAAUUGGCAAAGGUAACUGGUGUUAUUUAUACAUGAGUCUGAUCAUGACUGCUCUUAACAAAAUGUCAAUAAUAACAGAAAUAAUUCAAUUUAUCAUUGAACUUGAGCAUCUCUGUAAUACUCCUAUGUUAACUUAUGAAGCUGACUGCAAAGUUGCUUUGUUUUUAUAAUGUAGUAGACAUACCUUUUUGGGAAAGAAUUCCUUGCCAAAUUUUUUGAAGUCAUUUUGUGAUCAUUAUUUAACGUGGUCAUAUGCAUACGUUUUGUUUUAUCUCGUGGUUGGAUUUAAUCAUGGUGUCAUAUGCAUGCGUUUUGACUUACUGUCACAUUUUAAUGAUAAAAUAAACUAUUGAUUUUGUUCUA